CCGUGGACCAAUCAGUGCAGAGCGAGCCCAGGAUGAGGCUCCAGCUGGCUGAAAGCCUGCUGCGAGAGACACAGGCUUUAAUUCUCAGACUCGAGGGUCAAUCAAGUGAACCGUCAUCUCAGCAGGAGACACCACCUCCUCAGCCACUAUCAUCAUCAUCAUUCUCAGCACAACCAAUGGACAGCUCCCCACCUCCACCCUCCUCCUCAUCCUCUGCUUCACAGACAGAAGGAGCAACUCACUCUGGACCCAAUCACCCCAGCCCUUUAGAGUUGGUGGAGGUUCUGUCAGAGGUGCGAAGGGUGGAGGAGCGCCUCCGUCCAUUCAUGGAGAGAACACAUUCCAUCCUUGGAGCGGCCAGUUCUGCUGACUACAACAACAAUACUCAAGAACGUGAGGAGGAUCAGCGCACUCUCAAUUUGAUUGGCGAGUCACUCCAUCUCCUAGGUAACACAUUGGUGGCUCUGAGUGACCUCCGAUGCAAUUUAUCAGCUCAGCCACCCCGCCACUUACAUGUGGUGCGGCCCAUGUCUCACUACACUUCCCCUGUUGUGCUGCAGAGUGGACCACCCCAUAUUCCCAUUCCGAUGAACCUGGGCUCUACUGUGACCAUGACUGCAAACAGCAGACAGACAAGCGAGGGUCAGGCCCAACCUUCACAGCCAAGCAACCAAUCAGAGCCUCAGGGUCAGGCACCUCCUCCUCCACCGAAUGGAGCCAGUCAACAAACGGGUCAUGGUCAGGGGACUCCAAGAGUGAUCAGAAUCACUCACCAGACCAUGGAGCCAGUGGUCAUGAUGCAGAUGAACCUGGAUGCAGAUUCAGACAGUGGAGUGCAGGGCCAAAGGCAACAGAAUCCCAGCGCUGCUGGAGAGACUGGCACCACGACACCCAUCCAUGUACCAGGACUGCCACCCGAGUUCAUGCAGGCCAUCAUGCAUCAGAUCUCCCAGCAGGCUGUCGCCAUGGCAACUGCAGCCUCUGCCGGACACCAGGGGCAGCAGCAGGGCACUGCUGGCUCAGGUGCCCAGAGUGCAGACAGCCCAGCCUCUCCACCACCUCAGGCCAGGGUGGUCAUCACACGGCCCUCCUUAUCUCCACGCAUCCCCCAACCCAUGAGCACCAGAGGGACCACCAUCAACCUGCGGGCAACAGUGCCCCCCUCAGCAGGACAACAGACUAAUCAAGGCAACCCUAUGACGUCCUCCCCUCUCACACAGAUGGUCAGUGGUUUGGUAGGGCAGCUUUUGAUGCCAUUGCACACAGGAGAUCAGACAUCCACUACCUCAUCUUCCCACUCCUUCUCUUUCUCUACCUCCACAUCUACCCCUUCCUCCUCCAUCUCCUCCUCCACUGCUCCUCCAUCCUUUGCCAACACAUCCGGUCAGACAUCCACCCACACCACUAGUACGGCAUCCGUGGGUCAGUCCCAGGAGGGCGGCCCAGGAGAUAACCUAGCUCAGCUGCUGGGCUCACUUUUGGGAGGAGUUGCGGGAGCUGGUGGAGGGCUGUCUGGAGGUCCUCCAUCCAUUACAGUGACUGUUCCAGGUGUCCCUGCAUUCAUUCAGGGCCUCUCCGGGUUCAUUCAGUCCGGCCAGCCUGUGUUUCCUCCACCAAACCAGCAGCCUCCAUCCUCUCAAGCCACACCCUCUGCCCCUUCAGGAGCCACCCACACUACCACCCCUCCGCCUCCCAAUGGAGGUGGAGAGACCCUAAGCCCGGAGCUUUUUACAGGCAUCGUGCAGGGCGUCCUGUCCACCAUGAUGGGCUCUCUGGGUGCUGGUCAAGGCAACACUGAGAGCAUCGCCCAGUUUAUUCAAAGACUUUCCCAGACCAGUAACCUCUUCACGCCUGGAGCUGGAGAUGCAGUGGGGUUCUUUGGAGAUCUGCUGUCUCUGGUGUGUCAGAGUUUCUCCAUGGUGGACAUGGUUCUGCUGCUGCAUGGUAAUCCUCAGCCUCUGAGCCGCAUCCAUCCCCAGCUCACAGCCUUCUUCACUGAGCAUUAUCUGCAAGGCCGAGAGCCCACCGAUGCCAACAUAGCUAGUGCUGCUGAGGAUCUGAUCAAUGGACUAGAGGAGUACAUUUCAGAGAGUUUUUCCACUGUGACUGUUCGAGAGGGAGUGGACAUCAUCCAAACCAACUUGUCCUUCCUGAGACAACAGUUCACUCGCAUGGCUAUUCACAUUCUGCGCUGUACAGAUAACACAUUUGGUCAGCGCUUGUUGUAUCUGUGCACCCAGGGUCUGUUUGAGUGUUUGGCCCUCAAUCUCUAUUGCUUAAGAGGAGAGCAAAGAGCUUUAACCACCGUCAUCAACCACCGAAUUAGGAGAAUGUCAGCUGAAGUGAACCCCAGUCUGGUGAACUGGUUGACCAGUAUGAUGUCCAUGAGGCUGCAUGUGAUUUUAGAGCACAAUCCAGUCACUGAGGACCAGAUCCAGCAUUAUGUCAUCUAUACGCAGAGAGAGUCGUCUCAGAGAACAGAGUCAGACACACAAGCAAGCCAGCAGUCAGAUAACAUGAGUGUUGAGAUGGAAGAGGGUCUGUCUCCUGCUCCUGCCACCACUGCAGAGGAAGUCAUGGCAUCCUCAGGAGACACUGCUGACGCCGAUGAACCACCUGGCAGGCCAUUGUUAGAGGAGACACGAGGAGCAGUAGCCAUGGCAACUGCAGACAGGGAGGAGUCAGCUGGAGAGGUGGAGCCAUGGGCAGCAACUGUUCCACCUGAGUGGGUACCCAUCAUAAGACAUGACAUGUUGACCCAGAGGAAGAUGAAAUCACAGCCGCCUCUGUCUGAUGCUUAUCUGCAUGGGAUGCCGGCCAAGAGGAGGAAGACCGCACAGGGAGAGGGUCCUCACCUCUCUCUCGCUGAGGCCGUGAGUCGAGCUGCCAGGACAGCAGGGGUGCGACCUGUUACUGCCCCAGACAGCCUACAGGGGGAGCUGGAGGCACCAGAGCUGCAGGAAGCUUAUACACAACAGGUGAAGAGUGAUAUAAAGAAACGACUGCGUGAUGAUCCAGACUACAACCACCAGCGGUUUCCCAACACACACAGAGCUUUUUCUGAGGACUCCUAAGCAACCGCUCUGUUUACUCUGUCUUGUCAUCUGUCAAACACAGUCAUGACCAUGACGUCUCGAGGAAUGGCCAGUAGCGUCUCAUGCAUUGAGGGAUCCCAGUUGUUUAGAAAUGGCCGACUGACACAUAACUCGGAUGUCUGCCAUAGUCAGAUGUGUGGAUAGUGACUAAAUAGAGCCGGUGAACUAGACUGGCCAUGGA